UUGCACACAGAGCCCCCGGUAGGAGCCGGGGACACCCAGCCCCCCCGAGCCCCUUCCCUCCCCAGCAGGAGCUGGGGGGGCUGUUGGGGGGGCCGUUGGGAGGGGGCGGAGCACAGGGAGCCCCAACAUUCCAUCCUGGAGACGCCAAAGAGUCCUUAGCAGCGGAGAGACUGAGGGGACUGACCAUGGCGCUGCCACCUUGGUGGCUCCCACUGCGCGGCCCCCGUGCUCCCCCGGCGCCCCAGAGCCAUCAGGCUUUAAUGCUCCCGCAAACCUUCUACCCCCAAGGCAGGGACCGACCCCGACCCGCAGCCCGGGGACGCUCUCGGGGCCAAGAGCGCAGGAGGUGACCAUGGCUCCUGUCUCUCUUCCAGGCGCAGCCACCCUGUUCCCAUCGACCGGGCAGCAGCUGCUCUUCCCCACGGCCUGGGCACCCCCAGUGGGGGCGGCCCCACAGGCCCCGCCACCAGGUAUGGCACCCCUGUCCCCUCUGCCACCCCGACACCAUUGGUGUUCAAGAACCCUGGGCACCUUCAGCCUCCCCCUCCCCUCUCCACGGUCACCUUCACCACCCCACCUCCCCUGUUCCCCCCCCGGCAAUUCUGGCACGGGGGCUCAGCAAGCCCGGCUGAGUGUCCCUGCCCUCGCCUGCCCAGUGAAUCCCAGUUCCUGAGAAUUUCCACAAUACUUGGGGCCACCUCUCGGGGACAAGAGCCCAGGAGGUGACCGCCGGCCAUGGCUCCUGUCUCUCUUCCAGGCGCAGCCACCCUGUUCCCACUGCCCGGGCAGCAGCAGCCAUUCCCUGCAGCCUGGGCACCCCCAGUGCGGGCGGCCCCACAGGCCCCACCACCAGGGCUGCACAGGGCCCCAUGCGGCUUCAACAUCAACUGGACCGUCACCAACGUGCCUGCGCCGGCCACCGCCACCCUCGGCCACGACGCUGCUGCUCCGUCAGGCGCUGCCCUGUGGGGCCCCGGGGGCUGGGGGACCCUCCCGGCCUGGGCAGCCCCUGGCACCCCCCAGGGACAACCAACACCGCCCCAACUGACACAGCACCCAGCAUACGGCCACCAGGGCACAGCGGUGCCCGCAGCCCCCCCGCUGCUGUUCAACUCCAUCCCUGGACGCCAGCACCUCGAGGCCACCUCCACGGGGGCACCCCCUGCCAGCUGCGUCCCCACGGGCACCUACUUCCCCCCCAGCCCUGCUGCUGCCCCCCACAACGAAGCUCCUGGCCACCUGGAUGCCAACAUUGAUGUCACCGAGGACACGCUCCUCCAAGAGCCCCUCUGGCUAUUCUUUUCCUCCUUGGACACGGUGGAGGUCUCCCAGGACCCCGACACCACCAUCACCACACCUGGGGACCCCGGUGGCACCAUCAGAGAGGGGAGAGCAGUGGCCCCAGCACCCACUGAGUUGCCAACAUCCAUCCCUGCCUUGGAGAACACCAAGGAAUGGUCCUCAGAGACCAACAGCUCCAGCAGGGCCUCCCCCGCGCAGACACCCCUGGGCAGCGACAUCUCCUCGAGCACCAUCAGCUCCCCAGAGAGCAACAUCUCUCCCAGGAGCGACAUCUCCUCCGAGAGCGACGUCUUCCCAGAGCUCACCUUCUCCCCGAAGAACAUCACCUACUCAGAGCAGGACAUCACAGACUACGACACCAUCUCCCUAAAGAAUGACACCUCCUCGAGCAGCGACAACUCCUGGGAGAGCGACGUCCCCCACAGCCAAGCCCUCGGGGAUGCGGCCGGCCACCUUGCCGUGCCCCAUGAGGUGUCCCUCAAGGAGGCCCUGAGCCUCUUGGACUGUGACCCCGGUGGCACCGGCGAAGCCGCCCCCCUCUGCGACAUCGACUCCCUCUCGCUGCCCGAGGACCUGCUAAUGCUGGAUUACAGCAUGGAGGAGCUCCUGGAGGGUGCCCGCAUCCUAGAAGAAUUCCUCUACGGGACAGAGGGCGACAUCCCCAGCAGCUCCUCUGCUGUCCCCAACAGCCAAGCACUCAGGGACGCGGCCGGCUACCUUGAGAGCGAUGUCCCCAGGAGCCCCUCUGCUGUCCCCAACAGCCAAGCCCUCGGGGACACAGCCGGCCACCUUGCAGUGCCCCAGGAGGUGCCUGUCAACGACUUUGGUGUGGAGGUGACCCGGAAGGCCGUCGUCGUCCUGGAAGACAUCUUCUCCAGGACGAAGUCCCAGGAGUCGUGCGGGGACACGGGGAGGGAGCUGCCGCCAGCCCAGCCCACCAUGGCUGAGAAGCAGGGGACAAAGCAGGGGAUGAAGCGGGGGACGAAGCGCUGGACGAACUCUCCAUCGCUGCCACCCAGGAAGCAGGGGGGCAUUUGA